UGUGUGUUAAACACUGUAGCUUAAGACGUUAAACAACGGCAAUCGAGCAAAAAAAAAUCAAGUUUUUUUUCACUUCUCUUUCUUCUCAAUUUGUGUUUUGAUUUCGUUGUGAACGGUUGGGAAACGAGCAACUUUAAAAGUUCGAUGUAGUGAAAACGAAAAAAAUAAAACAAAAUAAAAUUUUUAAAAAUGGCGACAUGCAAAACAAAUUGUUGCCAUAGCGAUAGCCUAAAAUCGCAUUUUAAUAACACAAAAGUGUACAAAAAGACGAGACAUGUGACAAAUAAUGUCCAGUUAGUGUUCAUGUUAAGUUUUUGUGCAUUAUUUGCCUUUACAUAUGCACAAUUGUAUCCACAAAAUCCAUACUUGAAAGAUCGUGAUCCAAGAUGGUAUUCAAGACCUGGAGAAGAUUACAGACCAAGAGAUCCUGGCGAUAAAGAGUAUAGAACAUACGUUUAUGGGAAUCGUCGUUAUGGAUAUUAUCAACCAAGUGGCUAUGGUCAAUAUCCAGGACAGUAUCAACCAGAUCAAUACCCAGGAAACACUGGACUUGGUGAUGAUAAGUUCAAACACGAUCCACUUAACCCCAAUAAUCCACAAACGCCAUUUCCUGGAGUUCUUGGUGGAUUCCGUGAAGAUCUUCAAGGAAAAUUAAGGAGAGACAGUUUACUUUUAGAUCGUGAUGUCUUCGUAAUGACAAAUUAUGGAGAAGUUCAAGGAUUUAAAGUUCAUUUGUAUGAUAAUCCAGAUCCAAAUUCAUACUUUCGUCCAUGGCAUCAAAAUGUUGAUCGAAUAUUUAAGGAUUGUUCUGUAUUUUUGGGUAUUCCAUACUCACUCCCGCCAAUUUAUGAGGGUCGAUUUAAGCCACCAAGAGUUCAUCGAGGUUGGCAAUUGCUACAAGCUGUUGAUUUCGGUCCAGCUUGUCCUCAACCAAUUGAGUAUGUUGGAGCAACAAAAGGUGUUCGGGAUAUGGAUGAAGAUUGUCUAUACUUGAAUGUCUACUCACCUAAUACUAAAGCUGGUGUAGCUCAAAAGUACCCAGUCAUGAUUUACAUUCACGGUGGAGAUUUCGUUCAUGGAGCUUCCAACUUAUUUCCAGCACAUGUCAUGGCUGCUUUCUAUGAGGUUGUCGUAGUCACUUUUAAUUAUAGAUUAGGAGCUUUAGGAUUUUUAUCAACUGGCGAUGACAACAGUCCAGGAAAUUAUGGAAUUCUUGACAUGGUCUCUGCUGUUGAAUGGGUUUACCAUAACAUCGACUACUUCAAUGGAGAUAGAAAGUCUAUAACACUAUUUGGACCUGAUGCUGGAGCCGCAGCAGCUGGAAUUUUGAUGGUGGCACCAAGAACUCGAGAUAUUGUUACAAAAGUAAUCGCGCAAUCAGGUUCAGCUCUUGCCGAUCAGGCAUUUAUUGUUGAUAGAUAUCGUGCACAAAAUACAAGUCGAGUGUUUGGUCAGUUAGUUGGAUGUCCCAUAGAUUCAUCAUGGAAGCUUGUAAAUUGCCUUUCAAAAAGUAGAUCAAUUUAUGAACUAGGCAAUGCUGAGUUCCAACCACAUGUUGGUUUAUACCCUUGGGGGCCAGUCAUGGAUACAAACUUUACAUUCCCUGGUGAUGAUUGGUUUGAUGGAUGGCAUGAAGCCGAUUGGCAUUUUUUGGAUGAGAAGCCUGAAGAUCUUGUCAGAAGGAAGUUGUAUAAUCGAGGAUUGCAUUACAUGACUGGUGUAACAACACAAGAAGCAGCUUAUUUGAUAUACCAAAAUGAGUCACUAAGUCCUAGGUUUGAGGUUGACUGGGCGUUUAUGGAUCAGAAAAUAAAAGAGUUUGUGCUGCGGUAUAAUUAUACACUCAAUCUGAAUGGCAGUUAUGAAGCAAUUAAGUUCAUGUAUACAUAUUGGCCAGAUCCUAACAACAAAACUCAUAUAAGGGAUCAGUAUGUUCAUUGGCUUUCAGAUUUCCUCAUUCGAGCACCAACAGACAAAAUGGUGAAGCUUCUGGUUGAGAGGAAAGUUCCAGUUUAUUAUUAUGUCCUCAAUACAACAAUCGAAGCAUUCAAACUUCCAGAAUGGAGGAAAUAUGCUCAUGAUAAUGAAUAUUUCUUCCUUACUGGAGCGCCAUUUAUGGAUGUUGAGUUCUUUCCAAAGAAGCUUCGACUUGAGCGCACAAUGUGGACAGAUAAUGACAGAAAUAUGAGUCAUUUCUUCAUGAAAUCUUAUACAGAUUUUGCGAGGUAUGGAAAUCCCACACAGUUGGGUGAGAUUUUAGGUCUUCAUUUCGAUAAAGCCAUACAUGGAGAACUGAGGUAUUUAAACAUCAACACAACUUACAAUUCCUCGAUUCUUUUAAAUUAUCGUCAAACUGAGAAUGCCUUUUGGAGUGAGUAUAUUCCAAGUGUGGUCGGAAUGCUUGUUCCUACAUAUCCUCCAAGCACGGAAUUCUGGUGGGAGCCGAAGGAGCCACUUCAGAUUGCUUUUUGGAGCAUGACGAUAGCAUGUCUAAUUUUGCUCAUCCUCCUCGUCAUGUGCUGUAUUUUAUGGCGAAAUGCAAAGAGGUAUGAAACGGAGGGAAUCGGAGAGGUUUUUCGACGAACCUUCUGCGGAGAGUGAGUUUAAUGCUGGCGUGGACAAUCAUAUAGCACAAUCACAGCCAUUAAGAUCUCGUGAUAAUAUCUAUGAAUAUAAAGAUUCACCAGUCAAGAAGUCACAAAGCGAUUUCAAUUCCAUUCGUUCACCAAGCUCAAUUGGAAUGACUCAAAUGACAAAUACAACAAAAGUGUCAGGAAGUCAAAGUUCCUUGAAAAGUGCGAUCUCAAUGAAGGAGUCAGCGUCAUCGAAAGAUUUCAGGACGUUCGACAAGAAGGAGAAGUAUUCAGAGAGAGAAAUUGAUGUAAAAUCAGAUAAAUCAGAACCAACAGAUAAAGCAUCAGUCAUUAGUACAUCAACGUCAUCGUCCACUAUAAAGAAAGAUUAUAUUACCAGUAGUCCAGUGCCACAAGUUAGAAAUCCUAGAAAUAUUAAAUCAAGUCGAACAAUUCUAGAUGGUGGAAUUCCACAGACAGAAGUGUAGAAUUAAAUUGUAGAAAUUAAGGUUAAAUCUAAUCUUUGAUUAAUUUUUGUCUAAUCUUAGAUUAAGUGUUCAGUAAGGUUAUGUACA